GCCAGCCCUCCCCAGAUCUCCUCCCCCAGGCCGAGUCCCCUCACAGGACGCCCCCUCCCCGCUCUUCCUGCCGGGCUUCCUCUCGUCCUUUCCUGUCCCCCACCCAGUGCUGGGAGCUGGGGCAGAGGCAAAGGCCGAAACCAGAGCAGUGGGAUCGGGAACCACCCAGGCCAGCAGAGCCAGGGCCUCCGGGUGCUGCGGGGACCCCAAGCAGGGGCCAUGCUACCGGGUGAGCGGAAGGAGGGCGGAAGCCCCCGCUUCGGGAAGCUCCAUCUCCCGGUGGGCCUGUGGAUCAAUUCUCCUAGGAAGCAGCUGGCCAAGCUGGGGCGGCGCUGGCCUAGCGCUGCCUCUGUCAAGUCUUCGUCCUCCGACACGGGGAGCCGCAGCAGCGAGCCGUUGCCCCCGCCUCCGCCGCACGUGGAGCUGCGGCGGGUGGGAGCAGUCAAGGCGGCCGGGGGCGCCUCCGGUAGCCGCGCUAAGCGCAUCUCUCAGCUCUUCCGGGGCUCAGGGACCGGGACCACGGGGUCCGGCGGCGCGGGCGGCCCGGGGACCCCGGGGGGCGCGCAGCGCUGGGCCAGCGAGAAGAAGCUGCCCGAGCUGGCGGCGGGCGUGGCCCCCGAGCCCGCCUUGGUCACCCGCGCCACGGCGCCCCCCGGGGUCCUCAAGAUCUUCGGCGCUGGGCUAGCGUCGGGCGCCAACUACAAGAGCGUGCUGGCCACGGCGCGCUCCACGGCGCGCGAGCUGGUGGCCGAGGCGCUGGAGCGCUACGGGCUGGCGGGCAGCCCCAGCGGCGCGCCCGGCGAGAGCAGCUGCGUGGAUGCCUUCGCGCUCUGCGACGCGCUCGGCCGGCCGGCGGCGGGCGGAGGAGGCGGCGGCGGCGGCGAGUGGAGGGCGGAGCACCUGCGCGUCCUGGGAGACACCGAGCGCCCGCUGCUGGUGCAGGAGCUGUGGCGAGCGCGGCCCGGCUGGGCGCGGCGCUUUGAGCUGCGCGGCCGCGAGGAGGCGCGCCGCCUGGAGCAGGAGGCCUUCGGAGCGGCGGACAGCGACGGCACGGGCGCCCCCUCGUGGCGGCCACAGAAGAACCGAUCCCGGGCCGCAUCCGGUGGGGCCGCCCUGGCCAGUCCAGGUCCAAGUUCAGGCUCCGGCCCUUCCACGGGGUCCGGAGGCAAGGAGCGCUCGGAAAACCUGUCCCUGCGGCGCAGCGUGUCGGAGCUCAGUUUGCAAGGCCGCCGGAGGAGGCAGCAGGAGCGCAGGCAGCAGGCACUCAGCAUGGCCCCCGGGGCAGCAGGUGCCCAGAUAGUACCUGUGGACCCCGGCGACUUCGACCAGCUGACCCAAUGCCUCAUUCAGGCCCCCAGCAACCGCCCCUACUUCCUGCUGCUCCAGGGCUACCAGGAUGCCCAGGAUUUCGUGGUAUACGUGAUGACCCGGGAGCAGCACGUGUUCGGCCGGGGUGGGAACUCAUCUGCCCGCGGCGGGUCCCCGGCGCCCUAUGUGGACACCUUCCUCACCGCCCCCGACAUCCUGCCUCGUCACUGCACGGUGCGCGCGGGCCCGGAGCCCCCAGCCAUGGUGCGCCCAUCCCGGGGCGCCCCGGUCACGCACAACGGGUGCCUCCUGCUGCGGGAGGCCGAGCUGCACCCAGGCGACCUGCUGGGGCUGGGCGAGCACUUCUUGUUCAUGUACAAGGACCCCCGCUCAGGGGGCUCUGGGCCGGCCAGGCCGCCCUGGCUGCCCUCGCGCCCCGGCACGAUGCCCCCCGGCCCAGGUUGGGCCUUCUCGUGCCGCCUGUGCGGCCGCGGCCUGCAGGAACGUGGGGAGGCCCUGGCCGCCUACCUGGACGGCCGCGAGCCGGUGCUGCGUUUCCGGCCGCGCGAGGAGGAGGCGCUGCUAGGUGAGAUUGUGCGAGCCGCCGCUUCGGGCACUGGGGACCUGCCACCGCUCGGCCCGGCCACGCUGCUGGCCCUGUGCGUGCAGCAUUCAGCCCGGGAGCUGGAGCUGGGCCAUCUGCCACGCCUGCUGGGCCGCCUGGCCAGGCUCAUCAAGGAGGCCGUCUGGGAAAAGAUUAAAGAAAUUGGAGACCGUCAGCCAGAAAACCACCCUGAGGGGGUCCCCGAGGUGCCCCUGACCCCUGAGGCUGUGUCAGUGGAGCUGCGGCCCCUCAUGUUGUGGAUGGCCAACACCACAGAGCUGCUGAGCUUUGUACAGGAGAAGGUGCUGGAGAUGGAGAAGGAGGCAGACCAGGAGGACCCACAGCUCUGCAAUGACCUGGAAUUAUGUGACGAAGCCAUGGCCCUCCUGGAUGAGGUCAUCAUGUGUACCUUCCAGCAGUCUGUCUACUACCUCACCAAGACACUGUAUUCAACGUUGCCUGCUCUCCUGGAUAGUAACCCCUUCACAGCUGGAGCAGAGCUGCCAGGGCCUGGUGCUGAGCUCGGGGCCAUGCCUCCAGGGCUGAGACCUACCCUGGGCGUCUUCCAGGCCGCCCUGGAACUGACCAGCCAGUGUGAGCUGCACCCAGACCUUGUGUCUCAGACAUUCGGCUACUUAUUCUUCUUCUCCAAUGCAUCCCUUCUCAACUCACUGAUGGAACGAGGUCAAGGCCGACCUUUUUAUCAGUGGUCCAGAGCUGUCCAGAUCCGAACCAACCUUGACCUUGUCCUGGACUGGCUGCAGGGGGCCGGUCUUGGUGACAUUGCCACAGAGUUCUUCCGGAAACUGUCCAUGGCUGUGAACUUGCUCUGUGUGCCUCGCACCUCCUUGCUCAAGGCUUCGUGGAGCAGUCUGCGCACUGACCACCCGACCCUGACUCCAGCUCAACUCCACCACGUGCUCAGUCACUACCAGUUGGGUCCUGGGCGUGGGCCCCCAUCUGCCUGGGACCCUCCACCCACAGAGCGAGAUGCUGUGGAUACAGGAGAUAUCUUCGAAAGCUUCUCUUCUCAUCCUCCACUCAUCCUGCCACUGGGCAGUUCGCGCCUGCGUCUCACGGGUCCGGUCACGGACGAUGCCCUGCACUGUGAACUGCGUAGGCUCCGCCGCCUCCUCUGGGACCUUGAGCAACAAGAGCUUCCUGCCAAUCACCGCCACGGACCUCCCGUGGCCACGCCUCCGUGAAGACCAAUAGCAAAUGAGCGCGGGAACCUUGAAAAUUCAUGAGCUCCUACACUCCGGAGCCCUGCUCGAGCGCAGAGCUUUCUGGGAGUUGUAGUACUUUCUCCGGCAUGGGAUGCCGGGAGUUUGAGUUUUCGCGUAGUCGAGGAUGGGACGGUGGGAAUAAGGGGUUGGAAUGUGAGAGGCAACGAGCAAUAAAGGUAUCUGUGGCAU